GCACUAUUACUACUGCUGGGGAAAGCAUAUAGAGGCUGCAUCCAUCAUCUCCUGUAUUUCUCUCUGAGCCAUGGCUGCUACAACUUAAAGUUAUUUUGCUUUCUUUUCAACCAGACAUUCAUCAAUGCAAAAUAAUUAUUCAUGGUUCUUAUCCUAUCCUAGAGUAAAAUUGAAAGGACAAGAGGGAAGAAACCAGAGUGGGUGUAGCUGUAAAGGAGAGGGCUGUGGACAGCUUGUUCCCAGUUACCUGACUGUGCACCCCAGACUGCACUCCAAUCUCCAAGGAUGUCCUAUGAGAAGCUCAGAAAAGCCUUGUUGAACCAUGAAGUAAACAAGAAGCACAUGGAAGUUUUUGAAGCUUUUAAGAGUGCCUAGAACACAUCCUCCCUUCAAUGAACAAGAAGCUUCACUGCAUAUUUUGAGCACGGUAAUAAGCAACUAUAUAAGUAUCUUCAUAAACACAGUGCUCUGUUUCAAGACUGGGCCUACAAGUCAAACACCAGUAUCCUACAAUUACUUAAAAUUAAUCUCCAUUUUGCCUUCUUAGUAGAUUAGUCAGAAACCUAUAGAGAAAUACCAAACAGUUUAAGGUGUGACACUCUCAUUCUUUAAAGUUUAUGGAUUUUUUUAAAGAGAAGAUUAAAUUCUAUAGCAGAAUAGAAUAAUUUCAAUAGCCGAAAAACUGUUUCACAUGAAGUAAACACUCUGAUGUAAUCAAAGGCUCUGUAGUUCACAAUAUGCUCAGGUUUUGACUGAUAAAGAGGUAAUUUUUCCUCCUGAUCAGGAAACAGAUUCACUUUAUAACCAAUAAUGACUCUUCAGCUUAGUUAAUACCUUACUAAAGUCAGCACUGCCAGCUCCACUGACUGAGAAACAAAAUUAAGUCAUUCCUGUUGACCAGCAGACACAUUCUGUACUUCCCUAAGGUCUAAAAUUGGUAUCAGUCCAAAGGUCCAUCCUCUCAGUUUGUUUGUCAAGCGAAAGUAUACAGACUACACCAGAAUCUGCUUCUACAUACACUGCACUGUAAUCACCAACAAAAUCCCCACCUAUCAACUGCUGUAUGAACACAUGUUCAGAAAUGUUAGGAUUAUACAAUACCAUUUAAGCAAAAUAAAGUGAUCCUGUGUGAUCCUUCCGGACAUCUACAGAUAGCCUGGCUCAUCUGACUUAUUUCUUGCCACAAGAAGGAAGGGUCCUCCAAGUCAGGCCACUCCUGCAAUAAUCUGGAGAUGCUCUAAACUUUAUUUGGAUAGCCAACUAAUUUUCCGCUAAGGGAGUAAUUUGCCAUAUUUUUCCUCCUUGGUAUGUGCCUAGUCACAUCGCUUUUGGGAUUUGUAUGUGGGCAGUUUGUACGCUUAGUUAAAGAGUUGCUUUUCUACCUGUCGACUGACAUGGAAGGCAUAUCUGCUCCCACCGAAUCCACGGGAACGAUUUUGACUGUGCCCUAAGCGCCACACCUCCAACAGGAAAGAAAGAUACGACCACCUGUAAACCUCUGCUCUUCCCCAGCAUGCCACAAACUGGCAUCUCACAGGAAGACUAUAAGAGUAUAUAAUGGAGCGUGGGGUCUCAGAUUCUACUAUUUCCAACAGGCUCUGAAGCAUUUUGAUUUUAAAUGACCACUUGCUGAGAUUACAGCGGGCCACGUCUUUCCCAGGCUCCACUGACAGCCACCAGUCGUUAGGAAAACGAAUCGCAGCCGACAGCGACUGUCGGGAACCGACGACCCCCGCGAGCAGCGAAGCAAAGUAAAACGGAGACGCGAAGCCGUAGCCAAAGGUGAAGCCUCUGGGAAAGCCCUGUCAUAGAGGAGCCCCAGGGGACGCCCGUGGCCGUCAGCCAUGGCCGUACCUAUCGCGGUUCUUGACUGCGACCUCUUGCUCUAUGGCCGCGGACACAGGACUUUGGAUCGCUUCAAGCUGGAGGAUGUCACGGAUGAGUAUCUAGUAUCCACGUACGGCUUUCCCCGACAGUUCAUUUGCUACCUGGUGGAUCUCCUGGGAGCCACUCUCUCACGCCCUACACAGCGGUCCAGGGCCAUCAGUCCAGAGACGCAAAUACUUGCUGCGCUGGGUUUCUAUACCUCUGGCUCCUUCCAGACUCGCAUGGGGGAUGCUAUUGGCAUUAGCCAAGCCUCGAUGAGCCGCUGUGUUGCCAAUGUAACCGAGGCGCUGGUGGAAAGAGCCUCACAGUUCAUUCACUUUCCUAAAGAUGAAGCUUCUCUACAGACGCUGAAGGAUGACUUUUAUGGACUGGCAGGAAUGCCGGGAGUGCUUGGGGUGGUUGACUGCACCCACGUGGCAAUCAAAGCGCCCAAUGCUGAGGACCUGUCUUAUGUGAACCGAAAGGGUCUCCAUUCCCUGAACUGCCUCAUGGUCUGUGAUUCCAGAGGAGUCCUCCUUAGUGCUGAAACACACUGGCCAGGCAGCCUGCCUGACUGCACGGUGUUAGAGCAGGCAGCCCUCACAAGCCAGUUUGAAACUGAGCUACAUAAAGAUGGCUGGUUACUUGGUGACAGCUCCUUUUUGCUCCGGACGUGGUUGAUGACCCCUCUGCACAUUCCCGAGACGCCUGCAGAGUACCGCUACAACAUGGCCCAUUCCGCCACUCACAACAUCAUUGAGCGCACGUUCAGAACCAUUCGGUCGCGGUUCCGCUGCCUCGAUGGCUCCAAAGGCACCCUGCAGUAUUCUCCAGAGAAGUCCAGCCACAUCAUUCUGGCCUGCUGCGUGCUUCAUAACAUCUCCCUGCAACACGGGCUGGACGUGUGGUCUGCACCAGCUGCAGGACACAUGGAACAAUCGGAAGAAGAAUACGAGCAAAUGGAAUCAGUGGACUCAGAAGCCUGUCGUGUUCGUCAGGAACUUUUACUUACUCAUUUUAGCUAAUGUUGUGACAGAGAGAAGGCUUUUAGCAGUUCAUCUGGGAAGUUAUCUGGAGCAAAUAUGCCCCUUCCUCUUCUUUAAGCCUGUAAAGACUUAAGCAGAUGUGAGACAAGAAGAAAUAUACUCUCUUCAUUUCAGGCAAAUUUCUGAACUUCUCUCAGUCUCUCCAGAGAUUCUGUUUAAUUGGUACAUUUUUGCUGUCCUGAUGCUUAGAGGCACCCCAUUCACUUGACUUAGAGAACAAGGACUAAUGUGACAACAGUGGGAAAAUUAGGGAAAUUGCCUUUUAUAGUGAUGGACAAUCUGUAAACCUCGCACUGUUUUACAAGUGCAAUUCUAUUCCACCAUGUAACUCAAAACACUUAUGAUUGAUUAAACAGUAUUUUGCACAAA